UCUUAUUCCAUCAUAUCUACUGCUCGAGAUGCAGACCAAGUCUUUCGUUGAGGUUGACAUCCAUAUGUGAUAAGCGCGUUUGCGUACAGCCCAUCUUGCCGGCCAGACUGCCACUCUAGCGGAGCAGCAAUGCGGGCAAUUAAGGGGCCAGUGGCAACUGUUGCAGCUAUUGCAGCUAUUGCAAUACUCCUCUUCUGCAGCUUGAACUGGAGGCAUGGAACUUCUGAUACCGAUUGGAAAGCAGACUUUGCAGUCGAGAGCCAAGAGGAUAUAAAGAAACCGUCUUCAGGGGGUUACCCAUAUAUUAAACCCGAUCCGCUACCCUGGAAAGCACCGACUCCUAAAUCAUCGAACUCGUCAACCGUAGAUACAGCCUCACCUGCGGAUCGAGUGAUCGUCUUAGCAACUCUGGAACACGACGACAACUCUCAAGUCCAUGCACAAUUUCCAGGAUGGCAACUAUCUUUCCAGAUCUUGGGCCGCGACUUCGCCAAACUGCACGCUGGCGCAGACAGGACCGACAAAGGCCGCAUCGCGAAUGCAUAUCUUACUUUUAUCAUUGAGAAUUACCACAACCUGCCGGAGACAAUGGUUUUUCUAAAUUCCUACCCCUCGAACACGCAGAAUUCAGCCAACCUAAACAAAGUUGAUGCCGUCCGAAAUCUGAAAACAGACUAUAUCCAGAAAGCGGGUUAUGCGAAUCUGCGCUGCAUGACGAAAGCCGGCUGUACGAAUCACUUCCUACCAACACGGAAUCCGCCGGACGAGUUUCGCACGCUGGAGGUGGCUAUGGCGAAUGUUUGGAACGAGUUGUUUCGGAACGAUAACCUCCCGGAGAAGUUAGCGACGCCUUGUUGUGCUGAAUUCGCAGUGAGCAGGGAGCAAGUGCAAAAGAAAGGUGUUGCAGAGUACCUUAGAUACUGGGAAUGGCUGAAUAAGACCAAGAUGGAUGACGACACCGCGGGGUUGGUGUUUGAGUAUAUUUGGCAUAUCAUUUUCGGUCGGGAGGCUGAAUAUUGCUUGGAACUAGAAAAGUGCGAAUGUGAUCUCUACGGGAGGUGUUAAUCAUCCUUUGGUCAAAGGUGUUUCCGGUUUGGGCUCUCACAGGAUUUGCCACCUUACGUCUAGGAUAUCCGACAACUUGUGAAGAUACGAUUAUAUAUAUCCAAAUUCGCACGUAAUUUUGGUUGGAGUUUGCUGUAUAUUGGGUCAGGCAGCUCAACAUAGUGGUGCUACACUCGACGUUUAGAACAGGAAUCUUGUUAUGCUCUCCGCUACCAGGGAGACAACUCCGCCUAAUA